AUGCUGCUACGUGCCUUCUUAUCUCAAAGGGUUACAAGGCAUAAGGAACAUCGUUAUUGGCAACAUUCUUUGCGAAAUUUAACCUCUGUGGCAACGUCGGGCCCAUUCAGCAUUUUAUUUCUCGGAAGAGACGAGUUUUCUGUGCUAGUGCUGGAUCAACUACAUAAACAUCAAGACGUGUGGAAUGAUAUCGCCAUUGCGACUCUUCCGGAUGAAAAGACUGGAAGAAAUGGUUCGAAGAUUUCUAUUUCACCCCUAAAACUCAGAAGCCUUGAGUUGGGGCUUGAGACACAUCUCAUUCCCCGCAAGAAGGCUGCUUUCAAGGAUUGGUCUGUGAUUCAGCCACCUUCUCAAUUCUUCCGUGUGCCGCCGUUGCCAAAUCAACUCUUGGUGACAGCCUCGUUUGGAAGGAUGAUACCCGAUCGAAUACUUCAUCUGUUCCCAGUGUCCCGACGACUAAAUGUCCAUCCUUCUUUAAUUCCAUUUUACCGAGGUCCAGCGCCCAUCCAGCACACAAUUGCGGACGGGAGGAGCGAAACAGGGGUGUGCGUCUUGGAAAUGAAAGAGAAGCGAUUUGGUGCAGAUGUUGGUGAAAUAUGGGCGAAAAAAUCGCUGGAUGUUCAAUCAGGAGUGACGUUUUCUGCAUUGAGGGAUAAACUCGCUAUUGAAGGAGGGAAACUGCUUGUCUCUGUGCUUAAGAAUAUGAUUGCUGGCACUUUAAUUGCAACCCCUCAAGAUGAUGCGAACGCAUCCUAUGCUCCUUUCACCACUCAAGAAACAGCGACCGUCGAUUUUCAUUCAUGGGAUGCGUUAAAGGUGGAACGAAUGUAUCGUGCAAUUGGACAUCAGAAACCUAUUGUCACGACCCUGCCUUCGCUUAAGACCCUCCAACUGCAUGCGCCACAACCCUUUGUUCAACCUACCUCGGAUGCAGAACCGCCAAAGCCUUUACGAGCGUUACACACGCCAGGUGACACAACUUUUGACCCUACAACGCGUAAGCUUGCAAUCAGAUGCGCCAACGGGACGUUUCUAUACGUGCCAGUUGUAAAGCAGCAGGAUAAGAAACUACUUUCUGCGGAAGAUUGGUGGAAAGGUGUUUGGCCGGAAUGGUUGAAUAACAAAGUCAUGAAACUCGGGUAUGGAAGCAGAGCGGCAUGACUGCCGAGGGCGAAAAAUACUUAUCUUCGUCGUUUGAAAGAAGAUACAGUUUUUCCUUUUAUAGUACUAAUUACAUUUGAUGAACAAUUAAUAAGCAGAUUAUUUGGCGCAAUUCAUUAUAUGUCAUCAGUUACUUCUUCACCGCCAAUCCACACACUCGUAGCCAACAAAUCCUGGUCUAGGCCUUCUAGGCGUAGGGCCUGGUCCUGGAGUCUCGGAAACAAGGUUGAAUUU